AUGGAUGUUGAACAAGAGAAUUCAAAUACAUCGACCAUUUAUGGAGCUGAUCUAACAUCGAUAGCAUUCCCUAGUUCUUUAGUACUCGCCAAGUCAUUCUUGACCAUCAUUUCAGAAUGCUAUGCUUCUCAUUUCGACAUGUUGAUUCAAGCCAACGAUACCGACAGUCCAAAAGAACGAAUGUUACGAGUAUAUUGCUACCUCAUCUCCAAUCUAAUCCAAUUCAAUGGUGCUACCAAGAAACCUCGUAAUCCAAUCCUAGGUGAAACCUUUCAAGGUUAUGUAGACUAUCAUAACUAUCAUCAGCAUCAAGAAGAAGGAUCAUGUGCAGCCCACCGUGUAUUCUUUUUUGCUGAACAAGUAAAUCAUCAUCCUCUUGGAAUAAAUGUACCUAUAAUUUAUAAUAGGGAUGUUGGAAUUAGUGGGAAUGCAAGUUUGACUGUGAGGAGUACUUUUAUGGGUACUUUUGUUAGACUUGCAUUUGAAGGUGAUUUGUGUAUUCGAUUUGAUCGAUACGAUCAAGUAAAAGACAAAGAACACCAAAGAAGAAAAGCAAAAGAGAUGUUGACAAGUGGACAAAAAAUGUCAGAAGAGCAAGUAGGAAUAACAACAUCGGAAGUUGAAAUGGCAGAUGAAGAGAAUAAUCAAUCAACAUUUUCAUUGAUUACAUCGGUCUUGAAAAAGGCAAAGAUAGGCUCUGAUAUUACCGAUGCACCAUGUCCGGGCGCAUUGGUGUUACCCAAGAGUUUCUUGACAUACUGCAAUGAGACAACAACUGCUCAUUUCGACCUACUCAUCAAAGCAAAUGAAAUCGACGAUGAAAAGGAACGUAUGUUGCAAGUGUACAGAUUCGUAAUGAGUUGUUUACAUUUGCCAGAGGAGACUACUAAACGACCACUCAACCCUAUCCUCGGUGAGACGUACCAGGGUCAUCGCCAAUUUGGCGUCGACGGUAACCCCACUGAAGUCCACUUCUUUUCCGAAAAGAUUCAACCGGCCAUCAGCUGCCACAUAUCGUACCACAAAGAAUCACGUAUCACUGUGACCAGUACCACAGAGUUUAAGUGUAUUUUUAUGGGUACCUAUGUUAAACUGAUCAAUGAUGGUGAUACUCUUAUCAAACUUGAUCGUUUCAACGAGGUGUAUACAUGUUCGUUGGCACCGAUGGCCAUACGUGUGUUUCGUCAGUUUGCAGAGUUUUUCGGUGACACUGAACUGACCAACAACAAGAAUGACCUGCGUGUCAAGACUACUCUGCUCGAGAAACCACUUUUGUUUGGGUCGUACAAUGCAGUCGAGGCAACACUCUACAAAGGUACCGAGAAACUCCAGAAAAUCAAGGGUACCUGGGACCAGGAACUCUUGAUCAACUCGACUCACUCGUCCAAAGACUUUACAACUUUCCUCCAGCGACCGGCACUCACACCCGGCCAACUCAUCCUCCCACCCAACCUCCCUGAAAAUGAUUCCAACAGAAUAUGGAACCCAGUCUUUGAAGCAGUGGCAGCAGGCAACCCAAAAAAUGUCAACAAAGAAAAGAGUAAAAUCGAUCAAAAAGAAAAAGCUAAACUCCCCCAACAAAAAGAUUGGAAACCAACUCAUUUUCAACAAAUUAAUAAUCAAUGGAUUUAUAUUCAAAAUUAA